AGCGCAUGAAAACCUGUACUCUCUGCGGGGAAGCACGCCCCGAACAAGACUGGCGCAUAACGUGGAAAAACAGAAGACCGCUGAGCAUUUUUGGAAGCUCCUCAACGGAGAAGACGAGGAGGAAGAGGAUAGUGCUAACACCGGAGAACAUCAUGAUGAAAUUGCGGGAAUAUCAAAGGAGCCUCUGCUGCACGAAGAGAAAUUACCACCAAACAGCGGAGCAGGCGACACAGUAACAACGACCCCGAGAACCCCACCCUCCUCUUCCACCACUGCAACCCCGAGAAAAGUAGAGCAAUUAUUUUCGCAUUUUGACGUCGACGAGAGCAGUCGCAAGACCAUGCUGCAGGUGCGUGAAAAAGUGCAGCAGAUCCGGAAGGACGCGGCGACGGUGCGGGAGUCUGCGUUUGCUGAGCAGUAUCCAAGAAAAAAACUGUAUUACUGUAACUUUGUAGGAAGAUCAGCAUCACAAAUUCGUUUUCUUUGCAUUACAGGAAAAACCUGUCAUGCGCAGCUAGUACGUGAAGACACGUAUGAAGCAUGGAUAUGACGCACGUUCAGCAUGACAAGCGUGACUGUUUUGCAUUUUUGAAUCACAGACUUACACUUACGCACUUUUUUUCUGGCAUAAGCAGUUUUUACUGAAACCGGAGUACGACGUGGAGCCGCCGCGGUCGCCGGGCAGUCCUUUCUCACCCGGCCGGUUGUUCAAAACAAAGUUGGAGAAUCCAGCAUACUGGCCGGGCGAAGUGCUCGCGAAGGCCGAGCGGGACGAGGGGGUGGAAGGAGAGCAGGAGGAGAUUUACAACUCCGAGCAGAGAUUUUAUCAACACGCUGGGGGAGCAGGUCAUAGUCAUACCACUUCUUCUGCAGUAGAAACAAAUUUGAACAACUUAUCAUCAGCGUCGAAACUACCCGCCUGGUCCUACCUUACCGCAGUUCAUGAUCAUGCUGAUCAAGGGCAUCAAGCUGUCGCUCCGCAGCAUCAAGAAGACCACCUCCGGAAACAAGCAGCACAAGAGACCUUGACCUCCGAAGAGGAACAACGGCAACUCCCAGUCGAGCCCUCCUCGGAGCGCACCGACUGCCCAGCUUCCUGGAACACCACCGGCGGCGGAGGCGGCGUGCCGGUUUCUAUCCCUGGCCGGCUGUUGAAGAGCUUUCGAAAAGGGGUGAAGCCCCCGGAGGACCUGACGUAUUUUGGCAGGAAGAAAAAAUUCAAAAUGCCCUUCCAGUACGAAUACCGAACGUGGGAGGAGUACAGCAACCGCUUCGAGGAGCAGGAACAGCGGGAAUUCAGGGUGCAGCUUCCGCCACGGGUGCUGGAAAAUCCCAAGUUCGAAACCGGGAAACCGCCGACCCUGCUGGAGCUCCGGGGGCUAGCCGCUCCGAAGCGCCGUGCGGGGGCUUUGCGCGGGUUCGGGAAAGGAGUAGCGGAAGAGUCGAGGGAGAUAAAUAAAUCCGGCACGGCGAGAAGGAGGCGGUGACUUGCUUUAUAGAUACUGGAUGUAGUAGAUCCGGAUAAUUCGCAGUUUCAUGUAUGUUUCAGAUUUCGAUGUUCUAAAAAUGUAAUUAGCUGUUUUUGAUGAGAAUGGUCACAAUCACAUUUACAGGCUCUGUUUUCACGUUUUUGUUUCCUCUUUUGUUUCGGAUGAAUUUGCAUUGAUGUUGGACGCCACGAACGACCUGUUUCUGAUUUUGGACGCCACGAAUGACCACAUAAUUUGUUGAUACGCAC